AUCACUUCAUCUAAGCAGUUAAUAUUGUAACCCAUGAUCCGUCGAAACACUUUUCCAUCUUCCCUAUUGUCCGUAGCGUACUGAUCAUGUUGCGAGUGGUUUUGUUUCUACUACCGUUUGCCUUUGGCCAAACUUCCGACGAUAUCGACAAAACUGCAGACCAUAUCAUAGCUCAAUCCUCUUGGAAAUCCCUAUCCAAAUGACACAUGACUUCACAUUCUCAACGGAGAACUGUGGGAGAACGAAACAUUACACGGGACAUUAAAUCUCUGCUCUAAUGGUUCAAACCAGGAGCCAAAUCACUUUGCCAUCACCAGCAGAAAUGACUCUGCUGUAAAAAGUGAUGAGAUGCCGCGCCGCAUGAAAAUUUCCUAUUUUCGCGGCUACAAAAGUUUGGUGUUCUAUGCACGCGCUGAAGACUUGUGGAUUAUGAAAUUCAGGGACUUCCUGGAUCUUCCGAAAUUUAUGGGUGUUCACCGUAUCGCACUGCCACAGACCAAUCGCAGCGUCUCUGAAGUGGAAGAAGCCUUGGCGUACGCAUGGGCGCCCAGUUUUGAAAACACUUCCAUGACUCCGGGGCGUGUGCAGAUCAUAAAGUUCGGCCAAACCUGGGACGUUUUUUCCAGCGAUGGGUCACCUCUAGUAACGAUUCUUUACAUUCUUCCUUUGGACGCACUCCCUUCAUCUGCUCUCGCGCGUUCUCGUAUGUCUGCUCAGAACUGGUCAUUUUACGCGGAGCUGCCGAAAGUCGCUCCGCCCUCUGCCGAAGUUUUCUGGCAGCGACUUGGAGAAAAAGGCUUUACGCAGCCCAUUGGGAACAUCUUUCGUAGUGCGGCACCAUAUAGUGUUCCGUAUUAUCUGUCGGAUAACACGUCCUCGCCUGGUUUCUUUGAAACGGACCGACUACUGUCCGAUCUAUCUGCUAUGGUUAUGGAAAGUCGAAAGUUUUACAAUUGCAGUGAGGAAGGAAAGGCCAAUGUGAAAAUUCACCUUGCCGCUUUUGAACCGGCAGUUGCCAUUUACAGAUUUAAUGGCUCUUUUUCCGCAUUGACCGUUCUACCGUUUUCCUUCGUCCCAGCUAUAAAGUACAAAGUUUUCGCUAGAAUGUUGCCCUUGAACGGAUUGGGAGAUUUUCCAGAGCGAUAUUAUAAAUUCGAUCGACACUUUUAUGAUAUCCGUAUGGGAGUAAAGUCUGGGAUAAAGUCGCUGCUAUCACGUCCGUUUACUCGGGCUUAUUCCUUCCGCAUGUACAUUGACCGGCCGAUGUCCAUACAGCUGCUGCCGGAACUGGAAAAGCUAAUGUGGGAGCGCCUGCACGCUAAUACAACUAAGGUGACGUGUACUGGCGUCCCUUAGUACACAUCGGUACUACUUUACUACUUCUACCCCUACUACUAAGGCUUAGGCUUUACUACAUCUUCUACGCGAGUCAUGACCGCGACUCCGAGUGUCGACUUCUCAGAAAUCCCCAGCAGAGAACUUUGACCGCGACUUGCCAUUUCGACGUGACCGCGCUUCGAUGACGUAGCUUAACCUAUUGUUCUAGUGUAUUAGUUGACCUCAUGUUCUCAUUUGUCCACGUGUAGUGAUGCAGCGGUGUGAUUAGUCCACGUGUCCUCAGAUGUCUCUUAUUGGCUAGAGUUUAUAUCCCUAUUGUUCUCAGACCCGUACCUGCGCGUACGAAGAGCCAGCACUUGCGGUGCCCAGGGCUAUAUA